CGGGUCCGACUGAUCCCACCCCUGCCAGCUCCUCCUGCCAGGCUGGCUCUGGGAAGUGGGUGAAAGGAGAUGCCAAGACCAACGCGUGGGCCCUAGCCACCUCCCAGGGGGUGAUGCUCCUCUGACACCUGGUGUGGAGGCAGCCCAGGCGCUGGUAGCAGUGGCAGCGAGGCCGUGGCAGCGUUCCCAGCAGAGGAUGCCCCAGGCCCUGGAGCGCGCCGAGGGCUGCUGGGCCUGGGUGGUCCUGCUGGCCGCCGUGGUGGCCCAGGGCCUCACCCUGGGCUUCCCCACGUGCAUCGGCAUCUUCUUCACUGAGCUACAGCGGGAGUUCCAGGCCAACAACAGCGAGACCUCCUGGUUCCCCUCCAUCCUGACGGCCAUGCUCCACGCGGGGGGACCCCUGUGCAGCAUCCUGGUGGGACGCUUCGGCUGCCGAGUCACCGUGAUGCUGGGGGGCGUGCUGGCCAGCCUGGGCAUGGUGGCCAGCUCCUUCUGCCGCACCCUCGGCCAGCUCUACCUCGCAGCAGGCUUCUUCACAGGCCUGGGCUUGUGUUUCAGUUUCCAGUCGACCAUCACCGUAUUGGGCUUCUAUUUCACCCGCCGGCGGGCGCUGGCCAACGCUGUGGCUUCGGUGGGCGUCUCCCUGGGCAUCACACUCUGGCCGCUGCUGGCCCGCCACCUCCUGGAGGAACUGGGCUGGAGGGGCACCUUCCUGGUCUUCGGCGGGGUUUUCCUCCACUGCUGCGUCUGCGGCGCCAUCCUGAGGCCCGUGGCCCCCAGCGUGGCCCCUGCACCCAGAAAAGGCCGUGCUGUGCCCUCCAAGACACCGGCGCCCGGCUGCCUGGCAGCAUGUGGCCGGGCCGUCCUGCGCCACCUGGCCUUCGACAUCCUGUGGCACAACGCUGGCUACCGCGUGUUCACGCUGGGCGUCACGUGGAUGAUCCUCGGUUUCCCGCUGCCGCAAGUCUUCCUGGUGCCAUUCGCCAUGCGGCACGGGGUCGACGAGCACAAGGCCGCCCUGCUCAUCUCCAUCAUCGGCUUUAGCAACAUCUUCCUGCGGCCCAUGGCCGGGCUGGUGGCCGGCCGCCAGAACUUCGCCAGAUAUCGCAAGUACCUCUUCAGCCUCGCAGUUCUGCUCAACGGGCUCACCAACCUGGUGUGCACGGUGUCGGCCAACUUCCGAGUGCUGGUGGGCUACUGCCUGGUGUACAGCGUGUCCAUGAGCGUGGUUGGCGCCCUCUUCUUCCAGGUCCUCAUGGACGUGGUCCCCAUGGAUCGGUUCUCCAGGGCCCUGGGCCUCUGCACCAUCCUGGAGAGCAUCUCCAUCCUCAUCUCCCCGCCAAUGGCUGGGUUUGUCCUGGACAACACUGACAGCAACUUCAGCUACGUCUUCUACAUGUCAAGCUUCUUCCUCAUCUCCGCCGCCCUCUUCAUGGGUGGCGGCUUCUGUGCGCUUCAGAAGAAGGAGAGGCAGGGCAGGCCGGCCGAGGCGGAAGCAGCCGACCCGGAGCCGGCCCCGCUGCGGGCCCUCAGCAGGGAGGACACAGGCAGUUCGGAGAAGCGGCCGUGCACCGAAGAAAUCAUGUAUGUGACCAGCGUCUGAGCCCCGAGGUCAGUGAGCGAACACCGCCUCCGCCCAGGAACGCGAUGUCCUGCUGUUUCACUGGGUGAAGCCUGAACCAAAGGGCUGGCCGGCCCGCCCCGCACGUCGGGACUCAGCCAGGGGCUGGGGCCUUGGAGGCUGGCCUCCGAAGACUCAGGGUUCCUUCCAACGAGCAGAAUCCAGGAGCUGGUCCUCCUGACUUUUUUCCUUGGGCACCAGGGUACUUGGGGCCCAAGAAGGUGGGUCUGAGCUCUGCUUGGGUCUCUCAUGGCCGACGGGGCUCAGCUGGCUGCCCACUGCCGCUGCUACAACUCAACACACCGGGCCUUCAGGUCCAGCCUGGAUGCUUCAUAGGUGACCUCUCUGUCCUUCUCCAGCCUCCAGCUCCAGACAGUUCCAAAAAGUUCACCCUAAGUUCCCCUAAGCCCUUCUGCCCCCCUUCCUCCCUGCGGCCCAGCCCUUGCCCUCGGGGCUGCCCCCAGCACCGGUUGCUGGGCCUCCCACUGAUUGGGACUUGGGAAGAAGGGAGAGAAUUAGUGGUGGCCUGCAGCCGUGGAUGGCCAAGCUGCGGAUGAGCUUGGAUGCAGGGUUCGGACAGAUUAAAUGCUGGUGGAGCACCUGUCCUGGCGUCUGUGCAGAGAAUCGGAGGGGAGCACCUGACUUGGGUCCUUGAAUCAGUGAAGUCUGAGGAGCCCCUUACACCAGCGGUUCUCAACCUGUGGGUCGCCACCCCUUUGGGGGUCGAACGACCCUUUCACAGGGUCGCCUAAGACCAUCGGAAAACACAUAUAUAAUUACAUGUUGUUUUUGUGAUUAA